CUUCCGUCUCUUGUGUGUAUCAACACCUAACCCGCCAUAAGUGAUCAUUCAACAUCCGACCCAUAUAUUGCAAGUUUAGUUUUUUUGUGUUUGACAAUUAUUACCUCCGUACUAGGUAGUCAUCUAAAUCUAGUCCUAGUUGUAGUUGUCUAUCGUGAUCAACAAUACGCGCGACAACAGCCACUCAGGAACUUGAUGCCUGUUGUAUCGCAGCCGCUGCGAUAAUGUGAGACAGGAGCUCAUUUGGGGUGACCAGUAAAACGUAACGGAAGGAGGUGAGGUUCCCUAUGGACAGCAGCAUAAGAAGACCAUCAACAUCUUCUGAACAUCAAGAUCAACCUCAUCAAACUAAGACAAUGAUUUCUUCUUGAACAAUAUUCAACCGCAGAAAUUAAAUGAAGAUCAACUUCAACGGAUAAUCAAGACUCUCGUGCCAGUGCGGCUCCUCCAGAAGCACAUCAAAGACUCCAGUAGCACAUCAGAGAUUCCAGUAGUGACUCUGUACGUCAAGGAAUCAAUCAAAACCACUAUUUGGAGCAGCACAAGGUACUACUUAGGCGAAAAUGGGAGCAUAUCUAUCAGAGCCCAAGCGGGACAAGGAAAGUGAGGAGGCGAGUGGAGACACCUGGCGGCUCGGUGCUUCAUCAAUGCAGGGAUGGCGAGUGAACAUGGAAGAUGCGCAUUUGGUUCAUGAUUAAGGCUACAGUUGAACUAUUCACCUGCCGUCGGGUACAACAGAUCUAUGAAUUUAUUCCGCAUUCAGUAUCACCACGUUGAACAGUUGUAAGAAAAAGCAUCGUGCAGUCGCUGUGUAGCCCUGUCCACAAAAGCAUCGUGUAUCCGCAACCUAACCCGUCUUCAUCUAAUACUCAGCGUUCGGCGGCAAAGAAGAUACAUUUCUUAUAGGCGUGUUUGAUGGUCAUGGCGGUCCCGAGGUGGCGAAAUUCGUAGCAAAGCACCUUGGGAAUACAAUAUUGGAAAGCGAGUACUAGAUUCUCUCAUACUUAUUUUGACAGUGGGCGACCCCAUGUGCAGCUAAAUGACGACUAUUGACUAAGUACAAAUGAGAUCUUCAAUCUGUUGUAAAUGAGAUCUUCAAUCUGUUGUAUUAAUUACUUAUAUAUAAUAUAGUUUCCUUGAGAUUUCAAUUUUUUGAAGAUUUGUUACUUUCACAUCCACGACCCUUCUUCAGGAGCUACAAAUCAGGAAAAGUUGAAGAUGCUCUGAAAGCUUCGUUUUUGCAGAUGGACGACUAUUUGUUUCGGCCAUACUACCGGAAACAGCUGAAGAACUGGAAAAAGAAGAGCGCGUCAGCACAGAAUAUUAUGGCUUAAUAGAGUUGUAUACGAAAGAUGAGUACACUCUUCACACUCAAGAAAUUGGCUAGGAUUUAAGUAGGAAAAUAGCCACUUUUUUUGAGUGUGAGUGCGCAUUUUUCUUUCAUAAUUUGAGUAUACGCUAAUACAGGAGUCAUGCUCGUAUCUUCUAUAAUUCCAUUUCCAACAUGAUGAAUCAUCUCGUCUAAUGCGCUAUUCCAGCAAAUAGUGCAGCUGGCUUCGAACAACGAGGAUGUCGAUGUAGUGCAGGCAUUAACCAGAGCCGAAGCGGAGGAGCAGGAGGCAGCUGCAAAGGAUGGUGAAAAGAAAGUUAUGUUGAUGAUGCCAUUUUUUGUACCAGUUGUAGUUUGUAGAGGUGCAGAACGAGCAAAAGGAAAUAGUUGUGAGUAAGUAGAUGUUCAUGUUUUAUGUCUACAGUUAUAGUUUGUUGUGACUUGUGAGUAAGUAGAUGUUUUAUGUCUCCUCGCGACGUUACUCACGUUGUUGAGCAGUGGGUCUUUUGUAGCUGCCUUGUCUCUACUCGGGUCACGACGGAGCCAGGCAGUUACUUGUAGCUGCUACGUGGUUCGAAUAAAUGAGUGAAUGAGUCUCCUCGUUUUGGAAGAUGGUUCUACUUCUAUUUCUAUGGAUUCGAUCUCCUUUUCUAACCCAGUCUGCUCUUCUAUUUCUAUGGAUUCGUCACCCAGUCUGCUCUUCCUUUUCUAACACAACGAAAUCCUCCGACAAAGAGAGUAUAACAGGAAACUCAGCAGCGGCCAGUAGCACCAACUCACCAGGCUCCAAGAGCACUGAGGAAGAGGAGUCCGACAUAUCAAAGGACUUGAAGGUACUACAGAUGAAUACAGGAUGAAAAGUAGAAGUCUGAUUGAUUCCGUAAUAAAUACAGAAAUUCUUUCAAAUAAUUUGAAUACGGACUCAGUAUUUGAAAGAGUAAUGAUUUACGGACUCAGUAAAAGUCCGAAUGAAUACAGGAUUCAGUAUUCAUUACGACUCCUUCCUUCAUGCCUACUGCUCCUCCUGUCCUCGUGUAACAUUUGAUGAAAGUAUUUUUUCCUUCUUUAUUUACGUGAAUUAGGCUUCCUGCUUUUUCAGGACUUUACCUGACAUCAAACUCACGAGGAAACCAAUUGCUCAUCGCAAACGCAGGACUUGGAUCCAGACGACGAAGUGCAAGCUGGGUGCACAGCAGUUGUGGCAUGGAGGCAAGGAAGCCAAUUGCUCAUCGCAAACGCAGGAGAUUCAAGAGCUGUCUUGUAUUUUUAUGGCGUGGGAUUUUUUUGGAGGGGACUCUCGCAGCUGCUUCUUGCUUGCUAGCUUCAAUUUCAUCUCUAACCCUAUUCGCUUUCGCUUAUAGAAAUUAAAAAAUCGACUUGUCAUUCUUUGAAUAACAUCAAGUUUUUUUUUGAUUUUUAUCCCCUGCUCAGGUGUCGAAACGGCAAAGCUGUCGCGUUAUCAACGGACCACAAGCCAGAGCUUCCAGGCGAGACUAGUAGGAUAAAAAAAGCUUUCGGCUAUAUAGAAAAUGGCCGUGUGAAUGGCAACCUGAACCUGAGCAGGGCUAUCGGAGAUCUGACGUACUUCCGGUUUGAAAUAAUUGUAGGGAUUGUAGUUUUCUGUUCCAUCCACUUCAACACGAGAAGUCUUUCUACUUCAACACCAUAAUGAUCUAUCAUUAUGGUGCAUGACAUAGGUACAACACGACUCACCAGGGACCACAUCAAAGAAUUCACACAUCUUCAGGUACAAGAAAAACACGGACAUAACCCCUGAAGAGCAAGUGAUUACUGCGGACCCAGAGAUAACCAGUUGGACGCUACAGGACGACGAUGAUUUCCUUAUCCUAGGUUGCGAUGGCAUAUGGGAAAUCAAAACGAAUCAAGAAAUAGUCGAGUAUUCUUCUGACUUAUAAUAUUCUUCUUGUGCUGAUCAUUUACUGUAUUUUUCCACAGGAGCAGGUCCAAGAACAAGAAUCCCACAUAAUUGAUGCGAUAAUGAAAGUUUGACAAUGGAUGUAAGAAGAAGCUGGCUUCCCAAUUUGUCCACCACGAACGACGAUUUCUGGUGAUUUUGAUGUUCCACUCCUUCUUCCUCAUUUUAAAUGCGUCAGUACACGAUCACCCAAAACCACAGCUACGUCAAAGAGCGCCUACACGAGUGUAAAGGAGAAGGCGCGCGACCACUAUCCUGGAUUUGUGAGCAGUUUAUGGAUAGCAUUUUGUCCGAAGACAUCGCCCGAACGGAGGGGAUGGGUUGCGAUAACAUGACCAUGAUUAUUAUCGAGUUGAGGAAGUUAUGGAAAAGGAUGAGGAAGGUUGUUGCAUUUCUCUACUUUGGUCAGUCUAGUAACUUCUAAAGUGGAAUAUGAACACAAAAGAUGCAAAGUGUACUGUUGCUUUUGCUCAGCUAGAAUUCCGCCCCAGAGCACUAAAACUAAAGGGAAAGGCUAAAAAUGCGCCUCGGAGCACUAAAACUAAAGGAAAAGUGUCCACCUGAGUGAAUUCCCAUCGCGGAUUUGCUUUUUUUCAUCUGUUACUUAGCUGGCUAUUAUUUUGAGGCUAAGGUAGAGCAAAAGCAACAGUACACUUUGCAUCUUUUGCGUUCAUAGAGUGCUGGAAGUAGAUUUUCAUUUUGGCCAAUAGAUACAGUCAACAACAUCAACUACGUCACACCAGCGGGUGAAAAAUGUGAAUGAAGAACUACGAUUCUGAAUAGUUCUUGUAUCAUCUCUAAUACAGUAA